UUGCAAUUAUUGUUAGCCGCAAAAGAGCUCAGUGACGGGCCUCGGGGCGCGUGGUUACUCGCAUUUAUAUAAUUGAAUAACCAGUCGUCGCUUCCACGUCUCGGGCGUGCUGCCACAUACCCGGGACAGCGCCACAGCAGUGCUCCAGCGCCAAGAAGAAGCCGUGCUCCCGGAGACCGCCGUAGGGAGACGGGACCGUACCGCAGUGCCGGUGAAUGGGCUGCACCACCUCGACCAUGGGCAACGACGUAGCCAAGAUGGCCGGCCUCGGCCCGCCGACCAACAAGACGGGCUCGAGCGUCGUGCGGAAGAAGGUCGAGCGCGCGUCCAAGACUGGUGUCCUAUCCCUGACGGAGCACAAGCUCGAGGCCGUGCCGAAGAUCGUCUGCGAGCAGCUCGGCGGGAGUGCCUCGCGACUGCGAACUUUGGACCUGUCUCGCAACAAACUUGAUAAGCUACCGGAGCAGUGGAAUUUUCCCAAACUCACAACCUGCAACCUCUCGCAGAACCGAUUGACGCGCCUCCCGGAACUUGGUCAAGCUCUAAAAAAGCUCGACGCGAGUGAAAACCGCCUGACGGACGUCGUCAGUUGUUUGACGAACGCGGAGGCGCACCUUGAAGAAUUAUCAUUGUCGAAGAAUCCGUCCCUGGGCACGGGCAACCUCUGGCCCGCCGUCGCGCUGCUCACGCGGUUGACUUUGUUGGAUGUGUGCGGCUGCGGCCUCCGCUCUCUGUUAGAUGGCUCCUUCUCCCUCCCUGAAUUAGUUGACCUGCGGGCCGACGACAACCUCAUCGAGGCGGUCGAUAUUGCGACGAAGGCGCCUGCAUUACGACGGUUAUCCCUCGCGCGGAAUCGUUUGCAAGCACAGGGCAUCGCGACGUCACUAUUACGCCUAUCAAGUUUAUCGCACCUGGACCUGCAGGGCAACCCUCUCACAAAAAGGCAGUUCCUCGACGUGCCGGGCUGCGACGACUUUUUGAAACGAAGAGAAGAGCACCGGAAGAAGCAGGGCGGCGAAUUUGCCGAAAUGGGCGUCUGCGGCCUCGACGACCAGUAAGUAGCUAG